CAGGCAGCAGAGUGGGGAAGAGUGCCAGUGGUAACGGAGUGCAGGGUACAGUCCCGCACAGAGGAGCACAGUGGGCGCAGCCAGGGUCAGAGAGACAGGAACCCAGGCACCGGGCAGGAGCGGGUCUUAGGGACAGACACAAAGCACAAAGCAACCCGGGCUUCUGCGACAUGUACUCCUUCAAGAACGAGGGACCCAGGAGAGGGCGAUCCUUCGAAUCCAUAAACACCAGUCUGGACGAGAAACAUCUCAAUAACGAGAUCAACAAAUCCAAUUUCUGCAAAAUCGAAGAGAACAAGGAGAAUAAGGAGAAUUGCAAUAUGUCUGUGGAACGGGGAAGAGUGGCUGUAGUCUUCUCUCUGAAAAAUGAGGUCGGGGGACUGGCAAAGGCACUGCGACUCUUCCAGGAGAAACGCAUAAACCUGGUUCACAUUGAGUCUCGAAAGUCCAAGCUGCGGAACUCUGAGUUUGAGAUUUUUCUAGACUGUGACAGUGACCGUGAACAACUCAAUGAAGUCAUCCAGAUUCUGAAAAGUCACGUCAACAUCGUCACUCUCAACUCACCUGACAACUCAUCUGCUGAGGGAGAUGAUAUGGAAUCUACGUGGUUUCCAAAGAAGAUAUCAGAUCUAGAUAAAUGUGCAAACCGGGUGUUGAUGUACGGCUCCGACCUGGAUGCAGAUCACCCGGGAUUCAAAGACAAUGUAUAUCGAAAGAGGAGAAAAUACUUUGCUGAUCUGGCCAUGGACUACAAGCAUGGCGAUCCCAUUCCACGGAUAGAAUUUACUGAGGAAGAAGUAAAGACCUGGGGCACCGUUUUCCGAGAGUUGACUAAGCUGUAUCCAACCCACGCCUGCAGAGAAUAUCUCAAGAACCUGCCUCUGCUAACAAAAUAUUGCGGCUACAGGGAGGACAAUAUCCCUCAGUUGGAAGACGUCUCAAAGUUCCUUAAGGAACUGUCUGGGUUCACUAUCCGACCAGUGGCUGGAUACCUGUCUCCCCGGGACUUCCUGGCAGGUCUGGCUUUCCGAGUCUUUCAUUGUACUCAAUAUGUGAGGCACAGUUCAGACCCUCUGUACACACCUGAACCUGACACAUGCCAUGAGCUGAUGGGACAUGUUCCCCUUCUGGCUGAGCCAAGUUUUGCCCAGUUUUCUCAGGAGAUUGGCUUGGCCUCUCUGGGAGCCUCUGAUGAAGCAGUUCAGAAACUAGCCACUUGUUACUUCUUCACUGUGGAGUUUGGACUGUGUAAACAGGAUGGCCUGCUGAGAGUGUAUGGGGCAGGUCUGCUGUCCUCUGUCAGUGAGCUGAAGUACUCGCUGUCGGGAAAUGCCAAGGUGAAGCCUUUCGACCCGAAAGUCACUUGCAAACAGGAGUGUCUCAUCACCACAUUUCAAGAUGUUUAUUUUGUUUCAGAAAGUUUUGAGGAUGCAAAAGAAAAGAUGAGGGAAUUUGCAAAGACCAUCAAGCGUCCAUUCAGUGUGAGAUACAACCCCUACACGCAGACGGUGGAUGUUCUGAAAGACACCAAGAGCAUCACUAAUCUGGUGAAGGAACUUCGCAAUGAACUGGAUACUAUCUCUGAUGCUCUCAGCAGGAUGAACAAUCAGUUCGGCAUCUGAGACCUUGCAUCCGGACACCCUACCACCAAAACCUAGCCCCCAUAUCCAUUGCUCUUCUAAUCUUGGUUAUUACUGCUUUGGUGUGAUUAGAUGAAUUACCAGGCAAAUAUUAACCUGCAAAAAUAGCCUUUGACAGCAAACCAUAGUGCUGAAACUAUCAGUCUUGCAACAACAAGCAGAUAUCUUUGUGUUGAAAGGAACUGCAGAUGCUGUUUUAUGCCGAAGAUAGACACAAAGUGCUAGAGUAUCUCAGCGGUACAGGCAGCAUCUCUGGAGAAAAA